AUGUCUGCCGUCCCCAGAAUUCGAUCCGUGAUGUCUUGCCAAUCCUGUACCCACCCGCAACGAAGUUUGAUUUCUCUAUCCACGUCCCACACCCGCACGGUGUCGCCCCAGGAUGCAGAUACCACAUAUCUUCCGCCCGCACUCAUCCCAACGCUGCGCCCCCCAUCCCUGUGCCCAGUUAAGGCGCCCCCUCCUUGUGCUCUAUCCACCACGAAUCCGGCGACCGCGGUGCAGUGUGCGAAUGUCUCGUUACCAGAAGAUGGACUAUCGUUUCAUAAAACCGGGUGA